AUGGUCGAUGAUCGUAGAAGGUUGGGUCGAAAACGACAACCAGCGGCGAUUAACAAGUUCAUGCUGUUGAUGAAAGAAAACGAAGGUUUGCAACCACUUGAAAGGCUGGCGGUCUCUUCACCGUCGUCUGGUCGCCGAAUCAAAAUUAGUCCUCUAAGUGGUGACUGUGGGUCGGGAGACGCCAAAUGCUCGAAAGCAUCCGGGCUGGACGAAGAUGAGCCAGAGAGUGAAAUCCUUGCGCUUUGA